AUGUUAUCAGAAGAAAAUUUGAAUAACCUUCGAUAUAUUGAUUACUGGAAGAGACCGUGUAAAGAAUGGGGAGUAGAUACGUGGGAUUUAUAUUUCAAAGAAACCACUAAUGAUGAAUCAAGUCGCUCAUCACAUCGUGCUCUAGGUAAAGAGUUAAAUAUUUUAUUCAAAAAUUUACAAAUAAAACGAAACGUAAAGGAAAAGUGGAAAUUAUUGAAGGUAAAACGUAAGCUAUUACAGAUUUCCGGCGGCAAAAAGAAAGAAGAUAAAGAAAAUGUAGAGCAACCUGCCCGGACUGUCCCAGCAAAAAGAGAGCUAGAGGUAGAAGAGUUUCCUCUUGAUUUGCCAAAGAAACAAAAAUUUGGUUUUGCUGUAGAUUCCGUCUCCGAUUUUAAAGAAUUGAGAAGACUGAAUCUUUUCUAUGCUGACAAGACCAUGUAUAUCGAAAGAAUUGAGAACAAUAGAUUUGUCCUAAUGUUCUUGCGACCAAAACGAUUCGGCAAAUCACUGUUAUUGUCCACACUUAAAUAUUUCUACGACAUUAACGAAGCGCCAUAUUUCCGAUCAUUAUUUGGAUCGCUCGAUAUAUACAAGCAUGCGUCAGAGCUGUCACACAACAAGUUCCUUAUCCUUAAGUGGGAUUUUUCUAAGAUUCAAAGUUCUUCAAAUUUAGAAGAGAUGAACAAAAAUCUCAAAGACCACAUCAAUAUGUCGAUCGAGAAGUUUUGUGAUGAUUACGCCCGUUUGCUGAACAUCACAAAAAAAAGUGAUUAUCUGCAAAAAAGAGUUAUUAAUUCAGAUAAUUGCAUUAAUUCUCUUGAGCGUCUUUUUCUUAAAUUUAGGAACUAUAAGAUUUAUGUUCUGAUUGAUGAAUACGAUGCAUUUGCUAAUGAAUAUCUUGACGAGAAAGAUUCAUAUGCACAACUCCACGAGAAGCAUAGCUUAUAUAAAGCCAUUUUUGCAACACUUAAAGCUCAUCGUGGCAUAGAAAUUGAGCGUAUUUUCAUUACGGGUGUUUCACCGCUUUCAAUAAAUGAAUUAACAUCAUUUAACAUAUCUCAUGACAUUUCUCUCGAUCGGGAUUUUUGGUGUUUGUGCGGACUUGAAAAGAAGGAUAUUCAGGAGGCUCUUGGAUCCAUUUUUGAAAAAAAAGAGCACAUUACUUUUAAUGGGAGGCUAAUACCUUUUAUUCAAAAAGGAAAGGAAAGGCUUAUCGAAUUUCAUCUUAAGAAGAUUAGUGACAACUACUAUGGAUACAAUUUUUGUCAUACGAAGGAAGAUAAUGGAAUUUAUUGCACCAAACUUAGUCUGGAUUAUCUGCAACAUCUGUUGGAUGAUAAACCAAUGGGGCAUGUCAAAUCCGAUAACGAUUUGAAUGAUAGCGUGCUAAGGUUUAUUGAGAAAAACCCUAAUUUAAGACUACUAUUCAGUGAAUUGUUGGUAACCCGACAGACAUCUUACAAUAUUAUUGAGGAAAAUUUUCGACUAUUUGAUUUGAAUGAUGCUGUCAAUCAAAACCCAGAGUUUCUAAAAUCAUUUCUUUUCUACUUUGGGGGGUUGACAUUUGAAAAAAAAUCACAACACCUCUGCGUACCAAAUGUUACUAUCAUGAAAACUAUCAUUCAUCGUAUCAUUAAUCUUUGCAAUAUUGACACAAACUCACAGGAUUUCAAACAUGCUGUUAACAAUCUCAUUCAUCACCAUAAAAUUGACACGUUAUGCUCAUAUUUACAGUUAAAAUUAAAGGAAUGGAUUAAGAGAGGAAAUCUCAAAGACGACAGAGAAUUGGUAACAAAAGUAAUGUUUCAUGUUUCACUCUCAGCAAUUCCGAACUACCUUAACGACACAGAAGUUCCCAUAGUUAUUUAUGGACAUAAAAUGGAAGCAAAUAUUUGUUAUGCCGAUCUACUAAUAGUUGAGACUAGGCCUGUUUCUGAUGGUGCAAAGAAGAGUCGGUUCAUUUUUGAAUUCAAGUGUAAAGGUGUCAACUUUUUGGAUUUGCAAAUCAAAGGUGACAAUAGUGACUGGGAAGUGAUGGAAAAAAGGGCGGACAAAGUUGAAACAAUGUCAGCAAGUGAUGUUCGUCAAUUGAAGUGUGGAAAUGCAGAAAGAUUUGAAAUAGGCAAAACUAUGGAGGAUAUUCUCAAUGAUGGCUGUGAGCAACUUAUUAAAUAUGUGCUCAAUUUAGAAGAAGAUGAUCGUCAAAAUCAUCGUGAGUUUGCCACAUCGGCAUUUGUUGUGAUGACAGUUGGCUCAAGGAAAUUAAUAUGGGAAAAAUUAGCAUCUAAUUCGUGUUAA